AUUUUUGCUAUUGUGAAUGUUAAUUGAUAGAAAGAAGAAGAAGAAAACGUCAACAAAUGAUAGAAAGGAAAGCGUUAGAGAAGAUGGCAGAAAUUAAGCAGCGAGUGGUUUGGACUAGCACUGAUGAAUGUGUGUUAAUUGACUUGUGGCGUGAGCGGGCCGAUGAUUUAAGACGUGCCAAGCGCAAUUUGCAUAUAUAUGCCGAUAUAUCUGUGCAAAUGGCACAUAAAUUUACUCCGAAGGAAGUCCAUAUUAAAAUUAGAAACUUAUCACAAAGAUACAGAGAAGAAAAGAAGAAAACUGGCCCAUCGGGGGGCAGCCCAUCGACGUGGAAAUAUUUUGAUGCGGUGCAUCAAAUCAUAGGGCUGACUGCAGCCAAUAAUGCAGAAAUUUAUGAAUCAUUAACUGUGGACAUAUCGUCAUCAACAUUGCUGCCGUUACCGCCAUCUGUACCUGCAGCAUCACCAGUAACAAUGUCCCCGGAGCCGUUGUCGCCAGUAAUACCAUCGACCAGCUCGCCAUUGUUGUCGCCACUGGAUACCUCGUCCACAUCCAUGAGCACUUCUAAAAAGAGAAAUUAUAUGGGUGAAUUGGUGAAAGUGGCAAAACAACAACAUGAAUUGCUUAAGGUAGUGGUGGAAGAUGGAAGAGAUUUAAAAGAAAGAAUCAUUAAUUGUAUUGAAGAACAAAAUAGAGCAACUUGCAAGCCUCUUCCAACUUUACGGAAGCGCGCUUUAAGUUGA